AUGACGUCACCUGCUUCGGGCACCAUGUCUUAUGCCAUGGUAAACGAUGAAACGAGAUUAACGAAAAUGACAAUAAUGGCAGAGGGAAAGCACCUAGUCUUCUCUACCGACCCUGAAUCUGUUAAAGAUGAGUUUGCAUUCGACAACCCUGGAUUCAGGAAUGAGGAGCGACAUGCUUGGCAGCAUGAGGCACCUACUUUGCCGCUGACAGGCAAAGGUCAACCGGGACUGCAUGUGGAGUUUACUAAGCCUGAGCAGAGUAAAGAUGAUUCGCAUCUACAGAGAGCUCGAAUUCGGCGUGUGAAACUAUGGGCGCGAGACUUCACUGGUUUAGGCUUCAAGUGCGGUGGUGGCGCGAGAGAUGGCGUGAUUGUCCACUCCGUGCUCAGGAGUGGACCAGCUGCCGCUGCUAAAUUGCAGCCAGGUGACAAGAUAAAAAGCAUCAAGAUUGAAUUUACGGGUACCCCAUUAGAAGAUGCUGUGGGUAUUUUGUCUCUCGCGUCACCAUAUCCAGUGGAGCUAGAGCUGAUUGAGGGCGGCAGGGCUAGUGGGGCGGGGAGGGGAGUGCAGCAUCCCCUAUUGAAGCGGGCGAGUUCUACCAGCGAUGUUAACACGCUUGAGAAAGAAGCAAGGCUACUGCACCCGCCAAAAUCACCAAAUACAUCGCACUCCAACAAUUCCACCCUAGAGACAAAACAGUCUAAAACCGGUAUUAAAAAAAUGAUAUCAGAUAAAAUUAUCACAUCUACUACACUUGAAAGAACAAAGAAAGAGAAAAAAGAAGGCGUUACGACGUUAGAAAGAGAAAAUGAAAAAAAUAGUAAACUCGCUAACAAGUCUAGACAUUCUGAUGUUCCAUCUGGUAUUAAUAAACCGGAAAGAAACAAAAACAGACAUUCAACCGGCAGUGACAUACAGAUAAUUCAGCCAGAAAACGGAAUAGCAUCACAACAUAUUGAGCAAUCAGAAGUACAGAAACGUGAAUAUGACCCGAAAAGGGGGAUGAAAUUUGGCAUAAGAGUUCUUCCUCCAAACGUACCUGAUGAUGGAGUGUUAAAACAUAAAAGUGUUGAAAAUGGUUCAGUCACCACUAGUAUAAGCAAUGUUAUCGUAGAAAAAAAAUCUGUUGACGAAAUCGAUAAACCUGAACCUCAAAGGCCAGCGCCUACUGCCCAAAUCAAACAUGAGAACGAAACUGACCAGAAAAAACCUGUGGUUGCUAAAAGAAGAGAGAAGAUGGCUCCUCCGAUACCCAAUGCCCGCGUUAAGAACACUGACCCAGAAACUGGUAUUAGUCUGGAAACAUCAAGAGUUUCUGAAACAUCUAGACUAUGGGAAACAUCAAGAAAUUCCGAUACCUCUAUGAUGGCAUUUGCUAGAACCGAUUUAAAUUCAAGUGGAAUAAAGAGAGAUGAAAAUGGUAUUCCACAAGAACUACCACAGCAUAUGCUAGACGCGGCAAAAGCAGCGAGGUCGAAUAGAAAGAGUUCUUCUGAGUUUAUUUACGAUAAAGAAAGAUCUGAACAUAAGAAAGAGGAAGCUCCUAAACCUAAGAAAUCCAAAGGUAAGGCCCCUUCUCCUCCUGAUCACGAUAGGAAUAAAACAGACGACAGUAUACUCGAACAACUGAAGAAGGUAACAGAUUUCCUGAGCAAUGAGAAACAUCACUCAAGUUUGUUAAAUGAUGAUUCCACUGUAUCAAGCAGAUCGGGUGGUUCAGUUGUAACACAAAUCAAUACAUCAACGCCUAAAAUCAAUAAAACUAAGAGCACUUCACGUCUCGAGGAGUCUAUUAACUUCAGCCAAGACGAUAUUGACGACAUUGUGACAAAACCGUUCAAGAGAGAAAGUGAUUCACUUAAUAAUUUCUUUGAAGAUUCAAAAUCUAACAUGUCUUCAAACCAAGAUGUGCAUUCCGUGAGAUCUUUAAACAACAGCGAUAAAAGCGAUAAAGGAUCGACUACUAUCGAACUCAAUAAUAGUGACAUCACUAUACACAGCUCUCCAAUGAACGAGACAGUACACUCAGUGUCGGACAAUGCGUCUACUGUGGAUGAAAAUGAACGAAAAGCAGCUUCACUGGGCGAUCUAUCCAGAUUUGAGUUGAGGACUAAAUCGAACAUCCAGACUACGGGAACUUUAGAAAGGGCACAAAGUCUGGACAUAUCUGUUGAAGAUGCUGAAAUAGAGGAGACUACUAUGUCACCUAAAAAGAGGAAAGCGAUGUCAGUAGUUGAAACUUCUUUCUAUGAUGCGUCCGCCCAAGAUGUUUUACCAGAAAUGAUGGACGUUGAUAAAGGAGUCGUAACAAAACACAAGGAGCCUCGUCUGAGCCUAAAUAUUGCUAAAACAUCAGCAAUGGAAGGACUCAAUACUUUCCAGAGAAAUCGUCUCAAAAAGGCUUCUGAGUUUGGCAACUUAGAGGACGCCAUUGUGAAGGGAUCAAGCAGCUCUGUAGAAUCUGACAAAAAUGAAGAGCAUAGUCACACAAAGCCAAAAGAGUUUGAAUUAUACAAAGAAACGGAACACGAAACAUCUGAUCAUUUGGCCAGAAGAAUAGUUGAUGAAAAUAUGAAAGUGAACCUAAAACUUGUAUCUGAAUUUGCAAAAACUACUUCAGAUGGCAGUAACAUGAGUUCUUUGGACAGCACUCAUGAAUUGCCACCAGCAACUGAAAAACCCACUACUACACCAACAAAAUAUGAAGAAAAAAUAAGUAUGUCUUAUGACACAAAUAUCCCGGAUGAUCUUAAAAUGUCUCGUAACACGUACGCAAACAGCUUAGAGAGACCAAAAUCUGAUAUGAUGAAGAAGUUGCUUGCAAAAAAUCCUAUUUUGAAUGUACAUAUUGAUCAAAGUGGAGAUAAAGAAACACAAGAAAAUGUAGCCAGUACUAGUAAAGAUACUCCUCCGAUGACAGAUUCCUUAAAAUCAGCUAUGCAUCAACCUGAUAUCGUUAACUUUGAUCUGAAAACUAGUACUCCGAGUGAAAAAGUGCGAGAUUACGAUGACUUCGUUAGCAAUAUAAGAGUGGGGUCCAAUAAUAACAGUCUGAAAUACAACAAAAAGGUUGACAGUUUUUCAAGUUCAGAAUGGUCAGAACCCAAAGAUAAAACCAACAUAGUAACGAUUACGACUGAAAAGAUUCAACCAGUUGAAGAAAAGCGAAAAUCUUAUACAAAGUCAAUCGAAAUCGGUGAACCCACUAUAAGAAUGAUGCCACCCGAUGUUCUUGAAGGAAUCAGAAGGAGACAUGAUGAAAAGGAAAACAGGACACUUUAUAUGGAACCCGCGAAUAUGUCAAUUACUAUGACGCAGGAACCAGUACAGAAAACUGUAACAGUCAACGUCGCGGAAGAUACAUUUGGAAACAAAGUAAUCACUCAAAACGUUGAAAAAAUAUCAACUAAGUACAUCACAAAUAAAACUGAAGUACCUUUACAAGUGGAACAAAUAAGCUUCGGUAUCAUGAGAGGAGGACAGGUAGAUGAGAUGAAACUGGAAGAAGGUGAAGUCAAGGACAUUGAUAGCAGAAUUUUAGAUGAAAUCAAACGGAAGAAUCCCCAUAUGCAUUUCACGUCUGACGAACCCGCUUUCACUAGAACAGAAACUAUUAUAUUAAAUACAACAGAAAUGGAUGAGGAGCAAGCUAAAGCCUUAAUGGAGAAACUUAAAAAUGAUCCAGAUUUCAUGUCUCAGAAAAGUCCAGAAGAAUUAUCAAAAAUGGGAAUAAGAAUAGUUCAGGAUUUAGAAGACGUACAAACUACUAGUCGAGAUGCUGUUGAGGUUACUAAAACAAGAUAUACAAUUAAUCCCUCAGGAAUUACUGGCAUAGAAAAAGAAUGUAAAGAUUUUGAUAAUAAAAGAGAUCACAUCACUGAAAUACAAGUCGUAACUCCGCGCACAGAGAAAACCCAGAAACUGAAAGAAAGUAAAGAUAAAAUCUCCACUAGACAGAGGGUACCACCAUAUACAGAACCGCCCUUAACGUACGAACUAGACAUUGAGUUGCUUAAUGAUUUUAUUCAUAAUGAAAGACAUUUUUCCGCAAAACAGCAAGCGGACGCCAAACGAACAAAAAAUGUAUCGAACGAACCAAAGAAACGCCAUUCAGAUUUCGAUCUGCCUAGAAACAGUCAUAUUAAAUUCCGAACAGCUACAUACGAAUCUCCAAAGGGAACAAUAGUCACGAGCACUGAUUUAGAAAACCGUAGACUAUCUCAGUUAGAUCAAAUGCAACUGCGGUCAACGGAACACUUAGUGUCGAGCUCAAAACCGACUAUUUCUGCAAAACCAAGUAAUAUACCGGUAAAGGCAGAGAAGAUAAAGCAGGUUGCUGGUGUUUCGUCGAAAAUACCGGUUUUUAAUACUCAAAAAUCUUUGAGUCAGGAGAAUUUAACUGAAACUAAAUUUACAUUACCUCGGUCGCCUCCACCGACAUUUAGUAGCUCUGGUAAUAUUUCGAUUACGUCCAUAAAAAGCAGCUCUAGAAGUCCUAGUGGCGGGAAAUUGUAA